CAACCUCCAACUUUGCACGCUUCCGCCUCAGCCACGCCUCCGUCACUCGCAAGGGGCCAAUCGGUCUCGCAGCCAUGUAUGCGAGAUACAUACCUCCGGCAAAGGGCGCGAAGCCCUCCUCGGCCCCCACAUCCUCACCCGUGCAGACUCGACCAGCGGCUGUGCAGGCUUCCCCUGCUGCGGAGCCCCGCGAUGUCACGAGUUACGCCCGCUACGUGCCCCCGGCCAAGUCUGCACCAAAAGAGCCGGAGCCGACUCCGACAGUGCAGUACUUUGACGAUGAACCCAGCCCGCCGAAGCCCAAGCGCAAGCGGGACGCAGAGGAACCGACGGGCCCGCAAGGAACCAAAAAGACAAAGACGGUGGGGGAUGCGCCGGCCGCAGUAAAGGCGACCACCAGCCCGACAGAGCCGAGUGGCGAUGCCGCGCCCAAGAAGAAGAAGAAUAGGCGGAAGCGCAAGCAACGGACGAAAGCAGCCGAGAGCGACUCGGACGACUCUGAUGCUGAGGCACCCCGUCCCGACACCGUGUCCGCCAAGACACCCGAUGACGGGGACAUACAGGUGGACGUUCCCGCAGCCACAAACAAGGAGCUGAAAAGGGACAAACAGAAAAAGAAGAAGGAGAAGAAGGCAAAACAUCAAGAACCGGAGCCUAUACUUGAAGCCGAAGUCAGUCCGGAGCCGCAGCAGAAGCCCGAUGAUGCAGCCGCACCGGAGGGAGAAGACGAUGUCAUAAUGGCGGACGCGGAUAACGUUGCCCAAGACACAGAGAUGGCUGCACCGGAAGAGCCGGCGCCUUCACAAGAAAAGAAAAGAAGGAAGGAAAAGAAGAAAAAAGCCGUCGAGAUUGAUCCCGCCGAGGAACAGCUCCAGCGGGAGCAGGAAGAUGCCCGUCACAAGGCCGUCCUCGAGCGCAAGGCCAAGUCCUUGAAGCUGGCACAAGAAGUUCGCAGAGAAACAGAUGACUCCGACCAGGAGCCCGAGGAACUCCACGGCCUGGAACCCUUGCCGCAGCCCAAGGUUGUCGAGGAUGAAGAAGUCAAGCCUACCUACGACACUCUCCCUGCAUGGCUGGCGAACCCUACCCGCGUCUCUCAAGAUAUGCGCGCUUCCUUCAAGGACCUCGGAAUACCCCCCAAAGCCGUACGUGUUCUAGAGCAAAAGGGGUUCCCUGAAGCAUUCGCCGUUCAGACAGCUGCGAUUCCCCUUUUGCUACCUACGAGCAAACACCGCCCUGGGGAUGUCUUAGUCUCUGCCGCGACCGGUUCCGGUAAAACGCUCGCAUAUGCCCUGCCCAUUGUGCGAGAUAUUAGUCAAGGCGUUGUCACGAGGCUGAGAGCUCUUGUCGUGCUGCCCACGCGAGAGCUCGUCAAGCAAGCACAAGACGUCUUUGAAGUUUGUGCGAAGGCUUUCGACGGCGACGAACGCAAGAGGGUCCGAAUCGGUGUGGCUGUGGGUAGUCAGUCGAUCAAAAGCGAGCAAGAGGCGCUUAUGAGCAGCGAGUCCCGUUACGAUCCAGAGGUCUACCAGGAAAUUCUCAAGCAGUCACAGGAGCAGCGACGUCGGAACGCCACUAUCGCCGACAUUGACGAGUUUCUUGACCAGGGAACGGAGGAGCGGGAUCCUCGGCUUGGCCUCUGGGACGGUCAAGUCAUUGAUCAUUCGUCCAGCGUGGACGUCUUGAUCUGUACCCCGGGUCGCCUCGUGGAGCACAUCGAACAGACACCGGGCUUAAGCCUGGACUAUGUACGGUGGCUCGUGGUCGACGAGGCCGAUAAGCUCCUGGCACAGAGCUUCCAGGGCUGGCUCGACCUGGUGAUGGAGAAGUUCCAGGUCGACCGGUUCAGCGCGAGGGACUUUCCGGACAUGGCCUACUCGGGCGUGCGCAAAGUGGUACUUAGCGCGACGCUGACGCGCGACCUGAGUCUGCUCAACCAGCUCGCCCUGCGGCGGCCGCAGCUUAUUGUGCUAGAGAGCGACGGCAGCGUUCCAAUCGCAGAACACACCUUGCCGGCGCUUCUCCAAGAGUUUGCAAUCCGCGUUCAUGAGACGAAUCUCAAGCCGCUGUAUCUUCUGGACCUUCUGCUUGGCCCGUACAUGAAGGCGGGACUUGCCGAUACUGAGGUGAAGGACGUUGCAAAUACAAAGGAUGUCGCCGAAUCAGAGUCGUCGUCAGAUUCGAGCUCCGACUCGGACAGUAGCUCAGAGUCGUCAAGCUCCGACUCGGACAGCACUUCCGACUCUGACUCGAGCGCCGACGAGCCGGCCAAGCCGCCGGCGAAGUCGCAGCUCCCGCACUGCCUCAUCUUCACCAAGUCCAACGAGUCGGCUCUCCGUCUAUCGCGACUGCUCGCCAUCCUAGACGACACGCUAUCGGCGCACAUCAGCACCCUCACGUCGACGACGCCUACGCACAUUCGGCGCAAGACGCUGCGGGCUUUCUUGACCCCUUCGUCCCCCAUCCGCCUCAUCGUAGCGUCCGACCUGGUGGCGCGUGGCAUCGACAUACCCAAGCUAGGACACGUCAUCAACUACGACCUGCCCGCCAGCGCGGCCGGCUACGUCCACCGCGUGGGCCGAACCGCGCGCGCUGGCCGGUCCGGUUGCGCGUGGACGCUGGUCGGCGACGAGGAGAGCGGCUGGUUCUGGGGCAAGAUUGCCAAGGGACAGGGCGUGAGACGGGCGCAAAAGGUCGAGCGGACCAAGAUCGAUGAGAUGAGCGAGGAGCGUGUCCAAGACUACGAGAAGGCACUGGCUAAGCUCGGAAAGGAGGCAUUGGAGGUCCGAAGAAGAUGAUAAAACAAGUACCACGAAAUAAAUAAC